AACACUUAACGAAAACCAUAACAAGAAAGAGGUGGUACACCUCCAGGAAAACCUGUCCUCAUCUUUUAUCUUUUCAGUCAGCAACCUGAAUUCGACCUAAUCGUUCAGCGUCAGCACUUAACAAUUUGCACAGGAGAAGGAAGGAUUCCUCAAACUUUCACCUGGUCACCCCCGAGUGAGGGAGGCUUGGAGAAAUCAGCGCGGUGCCAUCGUAUUUUUAUCAGCUGGGCUCGAUAGCACUGAACUACAUACAAUGGACAAGGCGCCUGAUGAAGCAAAGGAGGUGUACAACCACCAUGGAGUGAUCAUCAGACGUCUGGACAGGUAUGGGGAACGCGAGGCUGCCGGUUCCUCCGCCAAUUUCAUCAGCUUUAUAUCUUCCGGAACCAUGCACAUUCUGGAACAUAACAAUGAUCGUUGGAUCCUGUGGGUGCCUGAGGAGAAAAGCCUACGGGUUGAAUCGGACCCAACUGAGUGGGAAGUUGUCAAUACAGAGAAACCUAAGCAUAGUCCAGGAAAUGAUGAGAAAUUGGAGUCAAAGAAAAUUUGGAUCAACUUAAACGACUUGAAAAGUCUACAGCUGAGGCGGAACUCAAACAAAAUGUUCUUCGACCUCAAAGACAACACCACCUUUGAUGUCGAUUUCCAGAACGGCGAUGCCUACAACUUUAUUUCUUCUUUCAAAAGCUAUGCUAUUUUGGAAAAGUCGCGUCGAUCCAGGCAAAAAUACUACGUCAAGGGUAGUGUGAACCGCGAACUGAGCAAAUCGUUUGCAGAGUUGGAUCUGUUUGGGGAGCAAGGCAAUUUGGUUGCUCGCUUCAUGAAAGACCUGCAUGACAGACCCUUUGAGACGACGCUAACCGCCUUUUCGAAAUUAACUGGUGCGGUGGCCUCUGGCCUGACCGGUUCUGCGCGGCCAGAGGGUGCGUCUAAUAUUAACCACGGCCUCUCGCACGGUGAGGAGUAUGAGGUGAUCGCAACCACCCCUCAGCAGCCCUCAUUGGGCAUGUCACCGAGACCUGAGGUCAUGAGAGGACCUCCUUUAUCGGUUGAGGAGUGGAUGAGGCAUGCAAAUGAUGACGGCACCAUCUCCAGAGUCGCAAGUCUUCUGCAGACCAUAUUCCGAGGGGGCAUUGAUCAUUCACUUCGAUACGACGUUUGGAAAUACUUGCUGAACUACCUACCCUUCAGAUUAAAUCACACUGAAGCAGCAGAACUGAGGAGGAUGAAAAUCAAAGAGUACCAAACCCUUUGCCAGCAAUGGCAGAGCAUCACUCCUGGUCAAGAGGAGCGCUUUUCGUUAUUCCGUGAUAGAAAAAGUCUGAUAAGCAAAGAUGUUAACCGGACAGACCGCACCUUUGAAUAUUUUGCUGGUGACCGGAAUCCACACCUUGACAGCUUAAACAACAUCCUCAUGAGCUACAUGAUGUACAAUUUCGACCUGGGUUACGUGCAGGGCAUGAGUGACCUUCUCAGUCCCAUUCUCAUGCUUAUGGACAACGAGCCUGACGCGUUUUGGUGCUUCGUAGGGUUCAUGGAUCGCACGAUGGGCAAUUUCAUGAUGGAGCAGACAAGUAUGAAGGAGCAGCUUCUGCAGCUGGCCUGUCUGCUGCAGAUUUUGGAUCCAGAGCUGGCCAACUACCUGAACGCCCACGAAUCUGGCAACCUGUUCUUCUGCUUCCGAUGGCUACUUGUUCUCUUCAAGAGGGAGUUCUCAAACGAGGACAUCAUGAUCAUCUGGGAGGUUUUCUGGACCGGCCUACCAUGCCCCAACUUCCACCUCCUUUUCUGCAUUGCGAUUCUUGAGACUGAGCGUGAACAAAUCAUGGCAAAUGAUAAUGGACUCUCCGACAUCCUUGCUCAUGUGAACAGUUUGUCGAUGAAUAUCGACCGGGACGCCAUGCUCUGCAAGGCGGAGGCCAUGUACCUGCAGCUGCAAGCUAACGCUGAGAAGCUGCCGAAAAUGGCGUGCCUGACCCUUGGGCUGGCCGUGUCGGUGGAUGCAAGCGCAGCCGAACAAGAGGAGCACUUCAAAGAUGCACACGUCACACCAAGCGACGAUGAAGACGACGCUUUCGAAAAAGCCAUUUCUUACUCUUUCCUCUAAGUCAGUUACUCGCUUGUUUUAGGAUCUAUUUUUAUGUAUCUGCACCUUACAUAUUUUAGAAGUGCUGUACACAAUAAACUUACUUCAUUAAUGUAAA